GAUGAUGAGAAAAAAAUAAAAAUUUCUGAUUGAUUUGGGUUAAAACAUAGCUAGCUAGAGAGAAAGACAGAGAGAUGGAGAUUGUUACGCAUUUCGGUCACAAGCAUAUGUUAUCGCUGAGUGAAAAGAAGAUAGAAGAUUGGGUUAAAUGCGACGGAUGCAAUGAAUAUUGCAAUAUUGGAGGUCGGAUCUACAGUUGCAGUGAAUCUGGUUGUAGGUUCAACCUGGAAGAAUCAUGCGCAAAGCUACCGCAGGAGUUGCACAACCCCCUUCUUCACCCACACCCUCUUUCCCUAGUACCGGUACAAUACGACUACUUAUACUGUUGUGCUUGUGGCAAAAGAUGCUGGGGUUGCGCCUUCCGCUGCUACGAGUGCAACGUCAUCCUAGAUGUUAAGUGCGCUUUUCUAAGGCGAGCGAUAGAAGAAGGGGAGGAGGAGGCAGUCGGUACACAUCAUUUUAGCCACCCUGACCAUCCAUUGCUACUUUUCGAGAACAUGCCUGCCCAUCGCAUUAACUGCAGGGUAUGUGGUCUAUGGGGAAAUUACUGCUCCGACCCGAAGACCUAUGGUUGCCUCCCAUGUGGCUUCUUUCUCCAUCCGUCGUGUUUUAAGUUGCCGCAAGAGAUUUUCCAUCCCUUUCAUCCAUACCACCCUCUCACCCUAAAACCCCCCCAAAAUUCCCGGGAGGAUGUUGUUGUUCGAUGCAAUGCCUGUCGCAAUGAUAUCCAGUACCGGCGCGAAGUCGCCUAUGAUUGUGAAUGGGAGAAUUGCAGAUUUCGCUUGCACAGAGAAUGCAUUAGUGUGAUAAUGCCUUCCAUAACAUACCAAGGCCACGAUCACCUUCUACAAUUCAACCACAAUAUUAGAAAGAAUAAUCAAUUUUAUAAACUCAACUGCAGCGCUUGCCAUUCCAUUUGUGAAUCAUAUGGUUUCAGUUGUCUGUAUUGUGAUUUCAAUCUCCAUCAUACGUGUGGUCCAUUACCAUAUACCAUUCAACAUAAAUCCCACGUUAUACAUCCCCUUAUCCUUACAACUUCUCCCCUUGAAGAUGAAGAGGAUUGCGAGCCGGACGAAUUCUAUUGUGAUGCUUGUGAGGAACAAAGAGUAGACCCAUUCUUACCCAUUUAUUAUUGCAAGGAAUGUCGUUUUGUUGCUGAAAUUUCUUGCGUCAUCUCAGAGGUGGUAUCAUCGCUAAAUGGGGAAUAUGGAGAUGUAGAGUUGAGGAAUCCUCUUGGACAGUUUGGUAAGGUUGUCACCAAAGACGCGGCAAAAGAGAUGAUGCAAAAGAAAGAUCAAAAACAACUCGAGCCAACCUUAACCUGGGGCAAUUAUUUAGGUACUUUGAGUGAAGAUGAGAAAAAGGAAAAGCAUCUCUUAACGGAUAGAAUAAAGGAAACAAUUAAUGCUGAAAAGAUAGAAGCUUAUGACCAUGAGGAAAUUUUUUCUGACAAGGCUUAUAUACAAUUCAUGAAGUUUCUUAAUCAUUCUGGGUUCUCGAAUAACAAGUUUUGUUAUCCUUGGGAUCUUUCUGAUCAUGAAAACAAAGAGGCCGUUGUCAAUGUUAGGGAUUACAUGACUACUCGUAAGUUAGCUCCUAUCUUAAACCACUUGCUUUCUAACCAUGGGGAUAUUGGUGCCCAAUCCACGUUAAGUACUCCUAAGUUCAAAUCGCUUUUUGUUUGCAUGCUAUGUAAGUGUAUAGAUCACAUGAGAAACACAAUGGUUGUGAAUAUCACUCACGAUAUACUUCUCGACUGGUGGACAUGCUUGAAAAUCUUACAACUUGAAGGAUUUCAAAUUGAUUUUGCCUUUGAUCGUUUGAAGAGAGUCACACAUGCUUAUUUUGGUCUUUAUGUUGAAAAGGAAGUUGACAAUGCUCUUCAUCAACUUGAGAAAUGGACGAGGAAAGUCAAGUGCAUAAAAUCUGCAAAAUCUAGUCUUAUUGAGGAAUGCUUGAGAGAAGCUUCAAUACUGAAGAAAGGUAAAGCAGUUACAUCUAGGCUACUAUAAAUGUCAACAGUGUUAAACGUGCGUCUAUUUUCAUGCAUGUAUGUAUGCUUAUCUCUUUUGUAUUAGUUUGUCUUAUUUUAUGCAUCUUGAAGUUAGAGAA